AAAAAAGACGCUGUAAAUACUCCGGAGCGCAGCCCGGCAGCGCGCGCGGUGGCUGCUGGCGGAGCUGGAAGGACCUCCGAGCCCGCGGGACCAGCUGCAGAGAGAUAUCACAUCCACACAUUCAUAUUCAUUCAUUCAUUCAAUGCAGAAUCAAACACGCACAUGCGCGUCUCUUAAGAGACGAACUCACUAACUCGCCAUCAGUCCACAGCCAUUGAUUCACGAGGGCGCGCUCUGUUUGCAGCUGCACGCGCACACAACUUGGGCAAAAGAAAACAAUUUAUUCAAGUGUGGGAGGGGGGCGAGAGUGUUUUGCGGGUAGGAGGGGAGGGGAGGGGGUUGUGGACUCGGAGAGUCGCACCAUGCCACAUUGCAGCGCACUGUGCGUGUACUUGUUGACGCUCCUGAGCCCGGUGGGGACGCUGCUCACCGAGGACGUGGAGGUGUUGGUCUUCCUGCCGCAGAACAACUCGUACCCGUUCUCGCACACGCGGGUCGCGCCCGCGAUCCUUUACGCGCAGCAGCGGCUGCGGGCGGCCGGGGGACAGUACUCCGGGUUCCGCUUCAACCUCGACUUCCAGGACUCGGACGGCGUGAACGACGCCGUGUUCGCGCUGGUGGAGAGGUCGUGCGCGCGCAAGCCGGACCUGAUCCUGGGGCCGGUGUGCGAGUACGAGGCGGCGGCGGUGGUGAGGCUGGCGUCCCGCUGGGACAUCCCGGUGAUCUCGGCAGGUGCCCUGGCCGCCGCCUUCGGGGACAAGCAGGGCGAGUACUCCCACCUGACGCGCAUCGCGCCGUCCCACGUGAAGAUGGCGGAGACGUUCACGGCGAUGUUCGAGCACUUCAAGUGGAGAAGCGCGCUGCUGGUGUUCGAGGACGACAAGAGGGAGCGGAACUGCUACUUUACGCUGGAGGGGGUCUACCACCUGAUGGCCGACUUCAGCAUCAAGACCUACUCGUUUCAACAGGGGGGGCGCCUGGACACCGAUGAGCUCCUCCAGGACAUCGUGGACACCGAAGUGGUGAUCAUGUGCAUGGGAGCGGACCGAAUACGAGAGAUCAUGCUGGCUGCACACAGACGACGGCUGACCAACCCCAAUUACAUGUUCUUUAAUGUUGAACUCUUCAACGCCUCUUUUUAUGGCAAUGGUUCGUGGAAGAGAGGGGAUGAAUAUGACAACGAAGCAAGGCAAGCCUAUGCUUCAUUGAACACUUUGACACUGCUCAGGACGGUCAAGCCCGAGUUUGAAAACUUCUCCAUGGAAAUGAAAAAGUCCAUCGAGAAACCCGGGUAUCAUGACUGCAAAGACUGCGGAAGUGUCAACAUGUUUGUUGAGGGAUUCCAUGAUGCCAUGUUGCUGUAUGCCAUUGCCUUGCAUGAGGCCAUGAAGAAUGGAUUCAGUAAGAAGAACGGAACCGAGAUCAUCUCACGCAUGUGGAACAGAACUUUUGAAGGGAUUGCUGGCCAGGUGUCUAUGGAUGCCAAUGGAGAUAGAAAUGGAGAUUUCUCUUUGAUGGCAAUGACGAAUGUUGAAGCAGGAACCUAUGAGGUGGUGGCCAACUACUUCGGUGCAAAUGGAACUUUUCAGCUACUUCCUGCCUUCAACAAAGACCAUUUCACCCUGAGAGGAAGACAUCUACCACACUCAGAGCUAGCAGAAAAAUCAUGUGGACUAGGAGUAUCCGCUUUGACUGGAGUCAUAGUGGGAGCUGUUCUGGGAACUGCAUUGCUUAUAGCUUUCUUCUUUUUCAGAAAAAACUACAAGAUAACCAUUGUGCGUCGCACGCACAGUGAAGAGUGUGACAAUGGAAAGCACCGUCAGUUACGAGAGGACUCCAUCAGAUCCAAUUUCUCCGCAGCUUAAACAGCUGCAGCGGCAGAAAGCCACACAUCUGGAUGUCACCAAAGACUAUGCGACGGUUGUCAUUGGAACCAUGCUGUUAAACAUGAUACAUUUCUUUGUGUUUGUAUACUUUGUGUUUUGGAUUAUUGUAACUCAGGACAGUUGUAACAGUCACAAAGCACACGAUUGUACCAAUGGAUCAAAAGCUUUGGCCAUAAUGUUCCUCCAAGAAUCUACAUACAAUAUUAGAGCAUCAACACACACAUAAGCUUUGCUAUGUAAACAUGUAAACAUGAUAAUAAGUCUAUAAUGCGGCUGGUGCUGCAUGCAAGUUGGAGGACUUGAGUUUUUUCCUCCUUUUUCCUUCUGUUCAUCACAACAGCCCUAAUAGAGAUGGAACACCCUCCACAAACCGCUGGGUGAUGUCAGGCCGACUAUGUCCACUUCUUAUAGACAGGCUGUGCAAUGGCGACAUUGCGGUGUGUGACCCCGACCCUCCGUUACCCCCCUCAGGUCCACACUGUCAGCGCAGUCAGCGCUGUUAGCAGCGUUAGCUCAACCGUGGCUCCGGCUCAACCACGUCCAUGUUUACCUGUGGUGGCAAUACUCUUAAUAUCCUUCACAUCUCCGUUUGAGUAUACUUGUGAUAUUUGAAUGAUUAGAUUAGAUUUUUAUUUUUAUUUUAUUCAGAUGGGGGUUAGCAACACUGAAUUAUACUGAGCUGACGGUUUGUUGAACACUAUAAAUGCAUGCCCUCGUGAGGCGGCUCUGUAUCAAGAAAUGAUACAGCUAGAGCUCACAGACUAGAAGUCAAGGCCAUAAGUAUUAGUUUUUGAGGUUUUCCGUUUGUACAAAUUUAAAUUCCUCAUUCCUAAGUGAGCACAUUGCUUUUAAACUUUACCAAGUAGGCUUUAUUAAUGCUUGGUAAAUAAUUCACUAAUGCUUUAAAAAGCAGUAAUAAGUAAUACGCCUCGGGUUGGGUCGUGGUCGUUUUGGCUGAACACUGAUCUGAAGCGCUGGACUGAUUAUCUGAUCUGUCUGAUCAUCUAUGUGAUCAUGUUUGUUUCCCUGUUGGGUAUUUUUUUGUAUGAAAUAAAUGUUGUAAAUGAGUUACUUUGCGAACAAUGUUAACACAACCAAUUGAAAAUAUAGAAGUAGAGUUGUAGGAGAACAAUGCAAAGAUUUUUAAUAAUAACUUGUCUCAUUCAUUAAAUAAUUUAUUCACUUUACCAAAGACAUCACAAAAUGGAACAGAAAGAAUUAAUUGGGAUAGUCGUUUCAUGAAAAAAUAUUUUCUGUCUGCAUUAGUGACUCUUUAGUUCAUAGCUAGUCAUUGGGGUUGCAUUAUUUGUGCUGGAUUUACAGACGUGUUUUUAUAGAUGCAAAGAAAAGAACUUGGUAAACAGCCCCACCAGCCGGCUGGCUCAGUUUGUGUUUUGGGGGAAAUGUUCUGAGAGAAAACAGAUUUGUUUUGUAUUUGCUUUAUUCUGGAGUAGCACACUUUUGUUUAAAGCUCUGUUUGAUAUUACCAUGAUAACUUUUGGUGUAUCUUAGGGUAUAGUUAAAACCGUGACCUUAAUGUAUUUAAAUUAUUAUGUUAUUUAACAUCCAUAUUUUAAAAUCUGUCCCUCAAUAUUGAAUUUGUAGUGAUUUUAUUAAACUUUAUCCUAUUUGG